AUGGAUCAUCUGUAUGAGCUCUUCGCCAAGGGAGGAACUGGCAAUGGCCUACCCAGAGUGCCAUAUCUCUGCAAGCAAGAAUAUGACAGUCAAUGCAGCUUCGCAGAGUACCCUAGUAAGCAGGGAUUUGAUAAAGCACGGUUUAUUCAGCAAGACUUCGGCGAGCGUGAUUCCAUCGCCACUGCAGCUUUCCUCCAAACAUGGUUAUAUUUCGGGCUUCUGAACCGUGUCCUGCGUCUCCCGAUCAUUGUUGAUGACUUCGUGGAUCGUUCUCAGGCAACCCCGGUGGUCACAACGGCCAAGAGCUGGCCCUCGUACCUGGAUCGAUGGUCAAGAAAAGUGGAGGCAAAAUACGUGGAUGAGAUGUUGGCUGAUAUCGAUGAAGCACGGUCACAUGUUCUAGCCAUGCUGCGUGCCGGGUCAUCCUGUCCGUUGCCAGAGGAGGUUAUCCUUUCGAUCAUGGUCCUUGGCUCUUCUCUUACCUGCGCCAUUGCGUUGAAGAUCCCGGCGUAUCCUCCAGAAAGCCACACUUCAAUUGACGAGUGGGGUGUUUCCUCUUUAUUAACGAAGCGGUUGCUAAAUGCUGGCUGGUGUAUCAAUGACGCCCACCGGCUGUUUCGUACGGUCACCACGCCCACCGCAAUAGUGGCCUCGUCCAUUCGAAGAUGUGAAGUUAUUUCGAGUGCUCAACACCAAGGAUGCUCUCCAGAUAAAUGUAUUGCCAGGAACUUCAUCGAGGGCACAUACAAAACAAAACAUACUGAGCCCGCGUGCAGUUGCAAAACAGUCCCGGUGCCUAUGGACGAAGUGAAAGAGACACUAGAUCGCGGUGGUGUUCCAGUCAUAAUCUUCAGAGAUAACACAAGUGGCGAAGGGGAAGUCCAACUGGAGGUUUCAUCCGAUCGGAAGACAAAGUAUGUGGCUAUCUCGCAUGUCUGGGCCGAUGGUUUAGGAUGUACGGAGAAUUCUUUGCCUUUAUGUCAGCUUCGGCGCCUUCAAGGGCUAUGCAAUGAAAUUUCCGCGGGCCCAUCGAGCAUAGCAUUGAAAAUACUUCGGAAGCCGGAAGGGCGAAAUGCCCUCUGGAUCGACACGCUCUGUGUACCACGGGAGAAGGCCCACCGUCGGCUGGCGAUAUCACGAAUGAACGCCACAUAUGCGAAAGCACAGAAAGUGAUAAUACUGGAUUCCGAGUUACUCUCUUUGGGUAAAGCGAUCCCCGAGACACUCCUAUUGCUGCGUAUGAUCGGCACAGGCUGGAUGCGAAGGGUAUGGACGAUGCAGGAAGGAGCUUUGGGAUCAAAGAAUCUGCACGUUAGACUUCGAGACGGAUUCUCGGACAUUUCUGCUAUCUUCGCCAAACUGCGCAAAUCUCUGGAAUCCACGAAUCUCGCCACGACGAUAGUCGACAGAGACGCCACAAUCUUCUAUGAAGAAUUUGACAAUCUUCGCAGAGCCCACAGCCAGAGCUACUGGCGUGACGGGGUUCCUGCCAUCGCUGCAUCAUUGAGGAUCCUCAAUGGUCGCUCUACAAGUAAAGAAGGUGAUGCAUACAUUUGCCUGGCGGGAAUGAUGGGCUUGAAAGCCGAUAUCAUCAAGGAUCUAGAUGCAGCUCCGCUUCAAGAUCGGACAAUGAUGAUGCUGUCACAGCUGCACUAUCUUCCGAAACACAUCAUAUUUUCUCCUGGGACAAAGCUCACGGCCCAAUACUACCGUUGGGCAUGUUCCUCGUUUUGGACCUCGAAGUUUAGCUACAAGAAUUGGGACGAAGUGGGUAAAUUCUACGACGGGGUUGGACUUCGGGUAGAGUUUCAAGGCCUUGUGCUGGAGCCCUUGAUUCUACCUCCUGAGUACAUUGUUCUCCAAUCUGUACACACCAAGAUGUGGUUUAAGGCCACGUACGAUACAGCUAUGCGUUCGCAGCCGGGAGGGUCUGGCCCGCAGACGUACGGAGUCAUUUUUCCUGAACGGAAGUUCCUCAUCAAAGGCCUUGGAGGGUUCCAAGUUCCUGCAGCCUUGGUUUUGAUCCCGCCCAGGAAGACCAGUUUGAAGGAAAAGUUUUCGGAAGCAAGAAAUAUUGUCCAUUGCGAGUAUGUUUGCCAGCUUGUGUUGUCCACACCAACGCCUUCUGACUUGAAACGGGUGGCGCCAUAUGGUAAAGCGAGGCGACCUUUUGGGACACAAGAGCCACCGGGAAUGAGUAUCGUAUACACGCCACAAACAUGGAUCAUUUCGUAG